GGGGCCUGCCCCGGCCCUCUGUCACCGUCCCGCCGCCAGGUGUUCUUCGUGGAGUCCGUCUGCGACGACCCCGACGUCAUCGCCGCCAACAUCCUGGAGGUGAAGGUGUCCAGCCCCGACUACCCCGAGAGGGACAGGGAGAACGUGAUGGAGGACUUCCUGCGCAGGAUCGAGUGUUACCAGGUCACCUACCGGCCCCUGGACCCCGACAGCCACGACAAGGACCUGUCCUUCAUCAAGGUGAUGAACGUGGGCCAGCGCUUCCUGGUGAACCGCGUGCGCGACUACAUCCAGAGCAAGAUCGUGUACUACCUCAUGAACAUCCACGUGCAGCCGCGCACCAUCUACCUGUGCCGGCACGGCGAGAGCCAGGGCAACCUGCAGGGCCGCGUCGGCGGCGACGCGGGGCUCUCCCCGCGCGGCAAGCAGCCUCAGUCGUACCAGGACCUGGUGCAGCGGCUGGAGCCGGUCAUCAUGGAGCUGGAGCGGCAGGGCAGCGUCCUGGUCAUCUGCCACCAGGCGGUCAUGCGCUGCCUCCUGGCCUACUUCCUGGACAAGGGCGCAGAGGAGCUGCCGUACCUGCGCUGCCCGCUGCACACCAUCUUCAGGCUGACCCCCGUGGCCUACGGGUGCAAGGUUGAAACCAUUAAACUCAACGUGGACGCGGUGGACACUCACCGGGACAAGCCAGCCGUAAGUGUCCCUUGGCCAGCUAGGGCCCUCCCCAACCCCCCGCCCUCCUGGAAGGCGCCCAAGCACCAGGUUCGGGGUUCCACGGAGCUGGGCGAGCGCUGCUCCGGGCGGGGCUCAGGGCCGUGGGGGCGCCCCGAGACUCCCGACACUCCUCUGCGUCAGCAAAAUAAACCUGGCUGA